AUGAAGACUGCGUGUCUUGCUGCAGCGAGCUGUUCGCUUCUGUCCUUCGCUACUGGCACUCAAGUGCCUCUCACAAGCCAUGAAAAUGGACUCCAAAGCAAGCGGCCAAAUAUUGUUUUCAUCCUCACCGAUGACCAAGACCACAAUAUGCAAUCGUUGGACUAUAUGCCGCUGCUGAAGAAGCACUUGGUCGAUCGAGGAACGUCAUUUGAAAAACAUUAUUGCACUGUCAGUAUUUGCUGUCCUAGCCGCGUCAACUUGUGGACAGGCAGGGCAGCGCAUAAUACCAAUGUCACAGAUUUGAAACCACCCUACGGUGGCUACCCAAAGUUUGUCCAAGAAGGUCUCAACGAGGACUGGUUGAUGAUAUGGCUACAGAGGGAGAAUUACAACACGUGAGUAGAACCCGUGAGAGUGAGGCAUCCUGCUAACACCAUCGGUAAAGCUAUUACACUGGCAAGCUGUUUAACGCUCAUAACGUCCACAAUUACAACGAUCCUCUCGUGAAAGGCCUCAACGGGAGUGACUUCCUUCUGGACCCUUUUACCUACGAGUACUUCAACGCCUGGAUGACUCGGAACGGCGAGGAGCCAGUGAGCUACGCAGGCCAUUAUUCUCCCGACGUUGUAGCAGACAAAGCGAAAGGGUUCCUCGAUCAAGCUGCUCAGCUCUAUCAAGACACUGGAAGGCCUUUCUUCCUAGGCGUAGCGCCUAUCGCACCGCACUCAAACAUGCACGUAGGCGAGCAUCUUGUGAGCGAUAUGCCAAAAUACGCGGAGAGACACAAACAUCUGUUCAAAGACUACAAGAUUCCGCGGACUAAAAACUUCAAUCCGGACAGACCAAGCGGCGUUGGCUGGGUCCGGAAAUUGCCAAAGCUGAAUAGCACAGUGAUCGAGUAUCAUGAUGAGCUCGUUCGAUCGAGGCUGAGAGCUCUGCAGAGCGUCGACGAAAUGGUGGAAACCUUGGUUCAAACGCUGGAAGCCAAAGGCCUGAUGGAGAAUACAUACAUCUUCUACACGAGCGACAACGGGUACCACGUGGGCCAACACCGUCUACCGCCGGGCAAAGAAUGUGCUUUCGAAGAAGAUAUCCAUGUACCAUUGAUCGUGCGGGGCCCUGGGGUCCCGAAAGGAAAUAUAGUAAAUGCUGUAAGCUCGCAUACAGACCUUACGCCGACCGUUCUGAAGCUGGCGGAUGUUGAAAGACCCGAUCUGGACGGCCUGGCAAUCCCACUGACAGCAGAAGAGCUCUCAGAACCUGUGUCCGGUGAGCAUGUCAAUGUGGAGUAUUGGGGUGGCGCGCUACCCGAAGGUCAGUACGGGGUAAUCGGAGACUAUCCAUGGCCUGGACUGGGACCAAUCGCAGCCAGGAACAAUACAUACAAGGCACUCAGGAUUGCAGGCGAGCACUACAGCCUUCUGUAUACGGUGUGGUGCACGGGUGAAAAGGAAUACUACGACGUUAAGGUAAAGUCUUGUCUCCAAACAGAUAUGUGAACGCCGACCAAAUGCUAAUGCCCGCACAGAGAGACCCGUACCAAAUGCAAAACCUUCUCGGCGAGGGCCAAGGUCAUCUGAUUGAAGAUUACAAGAUUUCGGAUCGCUCUUUCAAACACAUCCUGAAUCGUGCAGAUGCUCUGCUCAUGGUACUCAAAUCUUGCAAAGGAGAGAGCUGCCGUCGUCCUUGGAGCGUCUUGCAUCCCGAUGGAAAUGUGAAGUCACUGGCCGACGCUCUGCACGCUAGCUUUGACGACUUCUACAGUAGCCAGCCCAAGAUUAAUUUCGAUUCCUGCCAGAUGGGAUAUAUCAAGAGCGAAGAAGGCCCUCAGGACGUCAAUGUCUGGAAUGACGAAACCCGAUCUCCUCUGUCGAGUGUGCAGAAGCCGCUACAGUACGAAGGACACUGGAGCUGGUGGACUUGA